GCAACGCGAAGGCUGCUCGAGCGUCGCUUCUUUUAUGCCUGUUCAGAGCUUGUAUUGACCCCCGCAGCACAUGCUGCAUAAUGAUGCUCCUCUUGGGUCAGCGAACCGAGCACGUCCUUCGGCUCCGCUGCUCCUCCCGGGCCCUGCCCGUGGAGCUUUCUCUCCCCUCGCAGUCACCGCUGAGCUCGAAGCCAGCCCUGGCCCCGGCAGCUCCGCUCCGCUCCUCGGAGUCCGGGCCCGCUCCCGAAGCGCCGUCGCGCCGGCAGGUGCGGCACCGCCCGCCGGGCUCCGGUGACGUAUCGGGCGCUGAUUGGUGCAGGCGGCAGGGCGGGGCGCUGCGGCCUGCCGUGAGGAAGGGGAGGGGAGGCGACGCGCCGGGUCGCACCGAGCCGCUUCCCUCCGCCGCCGGCCGGGCCAUGGCGUACGGUGGCCUCACGGUGCCCAUCAUCGUCAUGAGCGUUUUCUGGGGGGUGGUCGGCGGCGUCCUGCCGUGGCUCAUACCCAAGGGGCCGAACCGCGGUGUUAUCAAAACAAUGCUGGUGACAUGUGCCGUUUGCUGCUACCUGUUUUGGCUGAUUGCAAUUCUGGCUCAACUCAACCCUCUCUUUGGGCCGCAGCUAACCAAUGAAACAAUCUGGUACCUUCAAUAUCACUGGCCUUAAGGAUGUCUGUCCUCUGCUGAAAUUUAUUGUCUAGGUAAAGAAGAGAUUUUUCUCCAGAUGAAACGCUCCACUGCCCAAAGAUGCCCUUAACAUAGUUGGUUGGAUACCAAGCCUGCAUUAAUGCCUUAACCUUUCUAUUGUGCUUCAGAUGGCUUGUUCAAAGCCCUAUAUUUUUUCCUACUAUACCUUUAACAGUGUGCCUAAUGCAGUUUAUACUCCUCUUUGGUGCUGUAAAUUUUUGUCUGUUAACUUCAUAUGGGAUGAAAAUUGCUAAAGUUUUUAUGGGUAAUAGCUUUCCUGUUUGUCUUGCUUACUCUAUAGGAAGACUGUAUGUCUGUUACAAGCCUUAGGUUGUUGCUGUCUGUUUACCCCUGUUCUGUUUGAUUGCACUUGGAAAAAACGUCUGCAUUAAAUUGUAUGAGGAGAGGAGAAGCAGCACACGUUGAUGGCAUUUCUUUUUUUGUAAAUGAGUUGUAUUCUUGGGAAAUUUGGCCUUAAGUUUCUCAUGCCUGGAAAUAAAACUAAUCCUCUGCUUUAUACGAAAA